UCUCUUUAGAGUAACGUCCAUUACUCUUCUAGGAAGUUUCGAGAACGGAUACGAACAGUAAUAUUGGUGGGAGUUCUAUGCGCUUGCAAUAGUUCGUCAAAUACUAUUACGUGGAGUGAGACGAGCGUUCUUGACGCACGGAUAUUUUCCACGAGCAACUUUCUGCUGAUACAGUUUUCUUUUGUUAUUAGCAGAAACAAAGCUAGUGUAAUUACAUCAGCACAGUUGGUAAGGAACACAUAAGUGAAAAUGGUGAAAGAGACAACAUACUACGAUGUCCUUGGUGUGAAGCCUGGAUGCACACAAGAAGAUUUGAAGAAAGCUUACAGAAAGCUUGCCCUCAAGUUUCACCCUGACAAAAAUCCCAAUGAAGGAGAAAGAUUUAAACAAAUUUCGCAAUCGUAUGAAGUAUUAUCGAACCCUGAGAAGAGAAGAAUUUAUGAUCAAGGUGGAGAACAAGCUUUGAAAGAAGGUGGUGGCGGCGGCAAUGUAUUCUCCUCGCCUAUGGAUAUCUUCGAUAUGUUCUUUGGCGGCGGUUUCGGAAGAGGUAAUCGAAGGAGAGAACGCAAAGGUCAAGAUGUUAUACAUCAAUUAUCUGUUUCACUGGAGGAGCUGUACAAGGGCACUGUUCGCAAGUUAGCUUUACAAAAGAACGUUAUUUGUGAUAAAUGUGAAGGUAUUGGUGGAAAGAAAGGUUCUGUAGAACAGUGUUCUACGUGUCAUGGAUCAGGUCUACAAGUUCAGGUGCAUCAGUUGGGACCAGGAAUGCUGCAGCAUAUGCAGACUAUGUGUGCAGAUUGUAAAGGACAAGGAGAACGUAUAAACCCACGCGACCGUUGUAAACAAUGUGGUGGCAAGAAAACAAUAAGGGAGAGGAAGAUUUUGGAAGUUCAUGUUGAUCCAGGAAUGGUAGAUGGACAGAAGAUUAUUUUCAGCGGAGAAGGUGAUCAAGAACCGGACUAUGAACCAGGAGAUAUCGUUAUUCUUCUCGAAGAGAAGGAACAUGAAGUCUUUAAGCGUACACGCAACGAUUUAAUCAUGAGGAUGCAUCUAGAACUCGUGGAAGCCCUAUGCGGGUUCCAGAAAGUUAUUCGUACUUUAGAUGGAAGAGAUUUAGUAAUAACAUCAUAUCCAGGACAAGUUAUAAAACACGGAGACUUUAAGUGUAUUUUGAAUGAGGGAAUGCCGGUUUACAAAGAUCCCUUUACACAUGGCAGACUUAUAAUUCAAUUCGUAGUGGAUUUCCCAAAAACUAUAGACGCUGCUGUUAUUCCAACGCUUGAACAAUGUCUACCUCCAAGAGAAGAGGUUAUUAUUCCAGAAGGUGCGGAAGAGUGUCAGCUUACGGAUCUGGAUCCGGAACAGGAAGCUAGGCGAAGAGAUCAGCGGCAAGCAUACGAAGAAGACGAAAGUGGUCCUUCACGAGUCCAAUGUGCCACACAUUAAAAUGAUUACAUCAAUUUUACAAUAAAUAUGGUCAUUCUUUCAUUUUUAACUUCUAUCCCAUUCGCUCGAUUCUGAUCGUAUGUAUUAAGAGAAGAACGAAAAAAUGCGGGCAUAUAAAAAGUUCUUCAAGAUGAACGAAAAGAACCUGAAACGUUUAGACAUGUGCACCACUGUGAAGAACCAUACUUAUGGAAUCACCAACGACUCUAAUGCAAAGAUUACAACGCGGAUACUGAAUCGUAUAGGAGACCGUUGCUAGUACCAUUGAUGAUAUAUUUAUCAUCAUUCCUGAGUUGAACUAUAAAUUCUGGUGUAAACGAGUAAACUGAUUACAAUUAAUUCAUUGCUUACUGUAGAAAAGUAUUGAAACAAAAAAUGUACUUAUCAUUAAACACAGUGAUAAGAAAAUGAUGAAUUUACUCAGCAUCUAAUGCAACAUCGUGUAACGUUAGUAGUGAACAGAAAACAUAAUCAAUUGUAUCCUGUAAUGCUAAACAUUCUAAUUAACUUUGUCUAUUUGUGAUUUUAUUUCUUUAUAAUUAGCAAUUUUUCAACACUGACACGCGCAUAUCGAAUGCUAGAAGUACAGUUAGACAGUCGAGUGAAAUUAGUACAUUAUUUGUAUUUUGGCUAUCCUGAUGUUUUUUUAAAUUAUUCAGCAUUUGAUUACAUUUUUUUUCUUAAUUUAGUUCAAUGUUUACACAAGUAACGUUGAUGGUCAUGGAAGUAGUAUGAAAUGUGAUGAACGUACUAAUGUAAUAGAAAUAAAUAGUAUAACAUUUUUCGUAAUAUUAAUUACAAACUUCGAAAUCCGCUUUUUUUUUUAGUGGGACACAUUAUUCCAUUACAUGUAAUGUCCAGUUUAUUUAGGUAUUUAUCACUGGCAUAUGACUACGCUAAAAAGGUACUUUGUCAGUCAAUAUUAUUAAAAGAAAUCACAGGUUCCUGUAUGUGUGAGUGAACUACUGCGCGUAUUUGCAAAUAUCAUUUGUAUAAUAAAAAAAGAAAACGUUCCAAUAUUUGAUUAUAAUUACGAUACUGGAACUGAAAGUAUGAUUGAUUUUCUUAAAAUUCUAUUUACUAACGUUAGCAGAAAGCUGGUUUUUGUAUAACAUUUCUAAAUGAAACAUAUUUCGCCUGUUCAUUUCUCUACUAAAUCAGUAAUGCGCGUGAACAAAUGUCCAUUUUAAUGAAUCGUCUCUGCAUUAAAUUAAAUACGCCUUCGAACAUUCACAUAAUUUACUGUAUAUAAGGUCAUGUACUCGUCCGCAAUUACUAUAGCAAAUUUAAAUAGACGCGUAUUAUAAUCUUAUUUAUUAUAGAUAAAUUGGUGAUUGAUUAGUACGUUUUUGAAUCGUCUCAAAUAAAUU